AUGGCGAAAGAUUCCCAUACAUUGCAAAAAGGUGCUGUCGUCCAGCACAUCGCCAAAACCAAUAACCUGAAAAGUCAACUGCCUGAAGGGAUCAUAGAAUCUUUGGCAACAACCAUUCGUUUCGUCACGCUGAACUGCCGAACACUAUCGAAUGAACUCCAACAAGCCGCUCUAUCCAGACUUCUGCGAUAUCUCUGUGUGCCUUUUGCUGCAUUGCAGAAAAUACGCGUGACAGACCGGCCCAUCAACAUCGAAAAUUACACCAUAUACUGUGGCGAUGCUGAUGAGAACAAAGUAGGUGGCUCCGCGAUAGCUGUGAGAAACGACUACAAGAACCUGGUGGAGGAAUUUGGCUCAACGUCGUCUAGAUGCGCCUUUCUACGACUGUCGGAUCGCAGAGCACGUAAACUCUGGAUCGUAAGUGCUCACGCACCUACGGAAACCGCAGAAGACAACAGUAAGGACGCCUUCUAUGAUGAACUCAAUACGUUGAUGUCUAAAAUACCAAGUCAGCAGGUGGUCAUUGUCGGAAUCGACGCAAAUGCGAAGAUGGGACUCGAACAGCGAUCCGAUGUGCUAGGAAAAUAG